AACAGGCAGGGGUAGUUUCGGUACAUCACCGGAAAAGCGAUCUGUCGGGGCUAUUUCCGGUAAUUGCAUCGAAAUUUCAUGGCGUUUUCCGUCAAUUCGCCCCUUUAAGAUUAAAAAAACAGAAGGGGGAAAAACCGUCUAGACUCAUCUUACCUAACCGAGCCGGCAAAACUCUCACUUGCGCCGGUGACGGAAACUCACCCUCUCCAACCAAUCACAGCCCUCCACGUCGACACCGUCCAUAUCUCAACAUCUUUCCACGUGUCCUCCCCUCUCACCGACGCCGUCACCCUCCCGUUAUGACCCCCUUCUCUCCGUCUGAACAGAUCCUUUUACCAAACCCUAAUUUCCCUCUCCACGAUUUCGCCGGCUUCCAGAUCCAUGGACGACGUCGACGAGAUCCGCUCUCAGCCUUCUCCGGCGGCUUCCGGUUCCCCGGAUCAACUGUCGACCCCGCCGGUGGGGCGGAUCACGGUGACGGUGGCUUCGACGGGGCCGCCCCCGUAUUCUCCAGUGUCGUUGUCACGGCAGGAUGCGAACGCGUUGGCUUUGACUCUCCCGGUCCAGGCGAGCGGUGGGGGUGGCGGAGGAUGUAGCAGCAACGGCAGAGACGGAGGAGGCGGAGGAGGGAGAGAGGAUUGCUGGAGUGAGGGAGCGACGGCGGUGUUGAUCGAUGCGUGGGGGGAGAGGUACUUAGAACUGAGCAGAGGGAAUCUGAAGCAGCAGCACUGGAAGGAGGUGGCGGAGAUCGUGAGCAGUAGGGAGGUUUACGGCAAAACUCCGAAGACCGAUAUACAGUGUAAGAACAGGAUCGAUACGGUGAAGAAGAAGUAUAAGCAAGAGAAGGCGAGAAUGUCUGCUGGUGGUGGACCCAGCAGAUGGGUCUUCUUCGAGAAGCUUGACCGUCUGAUUGGAUCAACGACGAAGAUCCCGACGUCCUCUCCGAGUGGCGGCGGCGGCGGAUCAUCGAAUAAGAUUCCGAUGGGGAUCCCUAUGAGCAGCCGUUCGAAUCUGUACCGACAAGGGAAGGUUACUCCGCCGCCGAUGUCGGUCGACAAGCUUGACCGUCUAAUUGGAGCCACGACGAGGAUUCAUACCGCUUCGCUCGGUGGCGGAGGAGGAGGAUCCCCGAAUGUUGCUAUGGGGAUUCCGAUGAGCAACCGAUCAAAUCCGUUCCAGCCGCAGGGGAGGACACCAUUGCAGCAAGGGAUAGUGAAAAGGAACAGUGAGUCGAAACGUUGGCAUUUCAGGAAGAGAAACGCUGUUGAUUCCGACUCGGAAUCAGAAACAGAGAUGUCUGCUGAUUCCGCAGACAGUCUCCCGCCUCCUCCACUGACAAAAAGGCUGAAGACAGAGAAGAAGAAAGACAGUGGAGGAGGAGAAGCAAACAAAUGGAUGGAGCUGACGAGGGCAAUUCUGAGAUUGGGUGAGGCUUAUGAGCAAGCAGAGACAACGAAGCUUCAGCAGGUGGUGGAAAUGGAGAAGGAGCGUAUGAAGUUUUUGAAGGAUCUUGAGUUACAGAGAAUGCAGUUCUUCAUGAAAACCCAAUUGGAGAUAACGCAGCUUGGGCAACAUGGGAGGAGAAACGGAGGUGGAGGCGGUGGAAUGGGGAACACUAGUAAGGAUCAUAGCAGUAAGAACAACAACAUUGCUGCCAUCAACAAUAACAGCGAUGUUAGUAACUAGAGGUUAAGCUAAGCAAAUCAGUUCGUGAUUCAUAGCAUUCUGCAUUGGUAAUGCUCACUGUGUCGUCAGCAUUAGGAUUCAGGAGAGUGUAUUAUUAUAAUUAUUGUCAUUGUUGCCAAUCUUGUUAACUUUCUCCAGUGGAACAGAUCUUUAACUUACCCAAGUUUCUGGAUUCACUGAGACACCCAGAUCGGAUCUCUUCUUCAACAUCUUUGAUCUGUGCUUGCUGAAGGUAUUUGGGUUUAUA